UUAUGGACGGUGAUGUUGGUUGAAGCUGUGAUUUGGUUGAAGACGUGGAUGGUUGUUUUAGUUGAAGACGUGAAUAGUGAUUUUGGUUUUAAGUUGUUGGAUAGUGUUUUGUGGACAGUAUUAUCGGUUGAAGUUGUGAACAGUGUUGUGAAGGCGUUAAGUAGUUUGUUAUUGACGGCGACAACUCCCGUAGAAAUUGAUCCUGGAUUUGUUACAAAAACGAGAAUAGUUUGGUGA